UUUAUAACUUAGUAGAAUAUUCUAUGGCAGUAAGAGUGCACGUAAAAUACUGUGUGCAUACAUGUAGGCAGAUUACAAUCACGUAAACAGCGGGCCAGGAUAAUACUUUAUGCGACCUCGGACUUGUGUGUAAAACAGACUUGAUACAAGUUGUGUUAGUCACGUUUUCGGGAUUCAAAACAAUUUUCCUUGGAAUUCAAUCGUACAACGAUCUCGUAGAUCUAGAACAAACUUGGUGUUAAUAUCAGCAAUACGAAACAAUCCGCGAUACUUUUCAAUUGCAGUCUAAAUAUUGUUAUCGCAUUGUUUUUAUAAACAGAAAUACGGGAUGGAAUUUGUUUCAUAUUUAAUAACAUGGGUGAACCAAGACAUUGAAGAUUCACUCAAAUAAAAUGGCAAACACAGCGGUAUUAUUUCUAUGUCUGAUUGCUCUGCAUCUUGGCUACAGUUUCAACGGAGACAGUUUUGAACUAGAAUGCCCAGACGAAUGCGACUGCCACUACUUUAGGAUAAACUGGGUCACGGACUGUUCUGAGAGUAACCUCACAGAAGUUCCAUACGAUGAGCUGAGUCUCAGCGUCUACAUUUUAGAUCUAAAUGGAAACAAUAUAACGAGUCUUAAAUCAUUCCCUAGUGAUAUUAAGAUGAGAAGAUUGCAAAUUGCGGAUAAUAGGCUGACAAGAGUCGAGCGGCAGGCAUUCAAAGGACUUGAGUAUCUGAUAGACGUUGAUUUGUCUGGCAAUAACAUCUCUUAUGUGGAUCCCGAGACCUUCUUAGAUUCCCGAGGCCUACUUAAUGUCGAGUUGCAAGACAAUCCUUUGGGAGUCAUUGAGGGACCCUUUCUUAUAUCCGGAACACUUCAAUACCUAGACAUCAGCAACUGUAACAUUUCUAGCAUCAACCCGGUGUUCUUUACUAAUAUUACCUCUAUUACAACACUCGAUCUCUCAAAUAACCCUUUGGUUAGUCUAGACGCUGCUGUUUUUGAUAAUUUAACAAGCUUAGAAACACUCAAGUUAAAUGAUUGUAAACUAAAAUACCUACCUGAAAACAUUUUUGAAGCAUUGGUAAAUUUGAAGAACCUAGAGCUAGCUGGAAACUUUUUAACGGAAACAAACUGGCCUGAAGUUUUAGGAAACCUGCCAAGACUGGAGUAUUUGAAUCUGCGAAAAUCGCAAAUCACUUACUUGUCGCAAGAUACGUUCUCGAACUGCACAAACUUGGUCACGCUUGUUUUAGCUGACAACAAAUUGCUCGAUUUAGAUGUGGCUGCGACAUUGGGAAACAGCGUCAACCAUUUAGAAUUGCUGGAUCUAUCAAAUUGCCAUAUAAAGGGACCUAUUUCUGGGGAAGCUUUCGCAAAUGCAACGAGGUUAAAGUCUCUAUAUCUCUCAGGCAAUCCACUUUUCGCUCCUGACUUACAAGAGGCACUGGCACCUUUACCUAAGUUAGAAAAACUCUUCUUGGGAAAUUGCGGUCUUCGAAACCUUCCAGAUAAUUUCAAUGUGUUCGAAAAUCUGAUUGAACUUGAUAUUUCACAUAACCCGUUGGCCAAUGUAUUUACAAGAUUACUUGCCCCACUUGACAAAUUAGAAUAUCUUAAUAUGGGUUACAGUAAUUUGUCAUUUGUUGGACCAGAUACUUUCUCACAUAUGACCUCCAUGAAGAGGCUGGUCUUAUCAGGCAACGACUUAUUGUCAUUAGAGGCUGGGCUUUUCGGCAACCUUACACAAUUGACAACAUUAGAGUUAGAAUUUUGUGGACUCAAGAGACCAUUAAAUGCAAACGCUUUCUUUAAAAACCUCACGUAUACCGACUUAAGAGAAAUCAAACUUGGGGGCAAUCCUUUAAUAAUCCCUGAAGUUGGCCCAUUAUUCCCGAAGGCUCUGUCGCAAGUGACAGUCCUAGAUUUAAGCAACAGCAAUAUAUCGUCAUUAAAUCCGGAUGCUUUCAAAAACACUGAAAAUAUAACUGAUUUAAAUUUAGCAGGAAACAAAAUUUGUUCUGCGGAAGGCGAUUUAGCCUUUUUAGAAAUCCUUCAUCACCUUGAGAAAAUAAACCUCAGUAACAACAACUUGACCACGAUAGAACCACAGGUGUUCGCACACAAUCCCAAACUACACUCGCUGAAAUUAAUAGGAAAUCCGUUUAUAUGUGACUGUAAAAUUGCCGAGAUGUGGGACUGGGCUAACAUGAUCAAGGGAGAUCUCGAUGUACUCAUCGGAGCUAAGAGCGCCGAGAAAGACAUUGUUGUCAAAGGAAACAAGAAGAAGAAAAACCUUUACUGUCAUUACAAAGAACUACGUAAUAUUACGAUCACCGCAAACAAAACUGUCCCUGGUAGAAGGCCUUUCGCAAGGCAUAGAGAAAUCACCUAUGCCAAUAGAACCUGGGCAAAGUAUGUGAGAGAAUCUGGAUGUGAGCCUGUGGUUAAAAUACUACGGCCAGUCGCGCUAGUGGCCGACGUCUUUACUGAGGACAAGGAUAAUAUUUCAAUUACCGCUUUGUCUUUAGCUUUUGUAGCUAUUCUUCUUGGUGCUGCUACAGUGGUUAUGACUUGGAGACUGUUCCAGAGGCGAAAAAAAUUUGAAAUCGACACAGAGAACCACAGAAAGAGCAGUUAAGCGUACUUUGUAAUUGUUAAGCACAUACAACUGCAAAGUACGAGUUAUGUAUUUAAAGCUUUGUAGUUAUAUCGUGACAACGCUGAAUAUAUAAAAAGUGAUUUUGUAAUUAACAUAAUAAUUUAUUACUAGUCAAAUUCGAAAAAUAUACUAAAAUCUUCCCUGUUAGAUUGUAGUUUAGUCUUAUAAAUGUAAGUAAUUUUCAGUAUUUUUUGUUUUAUGUAUUGAGUUUUGCUUCGAUAAUAAAGAUUAAUCUUCAUACGUGAA